AUGACUGAUCAAGCUAUGGCAAUGGCUAAAGCAAUUAGGAUAGUAUUUCCCAAUAGUCGUCAUCGGUUAUGUACUUGGCAUAUCAAUGAGAAUGCGAAGAAAAACAUCAAAGGACUCAGACAAAAAGAAGGGUUUACUGACCUUUUUGAUAUUGUGCUGAAGUAUACUGAUACAGUUGCAGAGUUUGAACAUUAUUGGUCAAGCAUGCUGGACAAGUUUCAAUGCCAAGACAACAAAUGGAUUAUGAAUCUGUAUAACAUUAGAGAGAUGUGGUGCCCUGCGUAUUCUAAGGACUACUUUAGUGGAGUUUGGGCCGAUAUUGGGUUAUUGGAGCAUGCAAGAAAGAUUUACACUAUUGCAUUGUACCUAAUGUUUGAAGAUAAUUUCAUUAGUGGUGUACCUUGCAUUGCUAAUGUUAUUGCAAUGCAGCCUCCUCUAUAUGAAUAUCAUGUUGGUCAUCCUAAGAAGGAUUUAAUAAAGCAUAUUGUUGCUUUUGAUGAGUCCAUGGUUACAGUUGAUUGCACUUGUAAGUAUUUUGGUGAAGUUGGGCUACUUUGUAAGCAUUCCCUUCGUGUUUUACAUUUGAACAAUAUCACCUACAUUCCAUCGAGAUAUAUUGUGAAGAGAUGGACAAAAGGUGCAAUGUGCGCUAGGAUUGAUGAUAAUGAUGUGGCUCAUGAAGGUAUUACUCCUCCGAAUGUUUGGAGGUUACAUAACAUUAGGACCUUCAUACGUAUUGUUGAUCGUGCGCAAUAUGAUACGAGGACUCGAAAUGUUAUUGAGGAGUCUAUUGAUGAGUGUACAAAUAGGAUUAAUUUGUUAUUGAAACAAGAUGAUGAAAAUGUUGUGCAAGAAUCUGUUGAGAAUCAAGAAGGUGAAGUUGUUGAGAAUCAAGAAGGUGGUAAUUUGUUGGAGCAAGUUCCAAUUGAAAAACCUGCUGAAAGUGAAGUUGUGAAUGAAAAUCAACAAGAAGUGAAAGACCCGAUAAAGAGAAGGAAGAAAGGAUAA